CGGUUGCCAUGGCAACACGCAGGCUGUCCCCGCACGCUGUACCGCUCCGUUCACUCGCAGAUCUUCACGCUGCCCGACCGCUGCCUGCUGUACCCAGCGCACGACUACACCGGCCAGACGGUGACGACGGUGGGGGAGGAGCGGCGGUUGAACCCGCGGCUGACGCUGAGCGAGGAGGAGUUUGUGAAGCUGAUGGAGGGGCUGCAGCUGCCCCGCCCCAAACUGAUGGACAUAGCAGUGCCGGCCAAUCUGCGCUGUGGGAUCCAGGAUGGCCCCGCCCCCCCGCUGGAUGACUCCGCCCACACGACGAUAAGCCCCGCCCACACGCACUGAUGGCUCCGCCCACCCGGAGGCCAACCAAUCCCAGGAGAUAAAAGCCCCGCCCACAGUGGGUGCUGGCCCUGCCCACUUGGCAUUGACGGGUUCUGAUUGGUGGGAAUAAAGAACAGACAAAGCGAGCGGAA